CGCUUCUCUACGCCGUCAAGCCAACCCGACACCAACGCGAUAUGGUCCGACACAAGAAAGACUUCAAAUCUGGCCGCGGCGGCAAUCACACCCAUGCUCGAGCCCACGCACAGCACACACAUCCAGAUCGCGAGAAUAAUAAUGGCUUGGGUGGCAACCGUCGACCACCAUUCAAAGCGGCAGCAUGGGAUCUGAACCACUGCGAUGCGAAAAGAUGUUCCGGCAAGCGACUCAUGCGACUUGGCUUGAUGCGAGAACUGCAUGUGGGACAGAAGCAUCCUGGCGUUGUGGUCUCGCCCAAGGCAAAGACUCUCAUAAGCCCCGCAGAUCGCGAGAUCCUGGAACAAUACGGUGCUGCUGUGGUGGAAGCCUCGUGGAACCGAAUCGAGGAAGUCCCCUUCAACAAGAUCGGGGGCCCGAACUCGAGAUUACUGCCCUACCUCAUCGCUGCGAAUCCGACGAAUUACGGGCGACCCUGGAGGCUGAACUGCGUGGAAGCACUGGCGGCAUGUUUCGCCAUAUGCGGGCAUUCGGAUUGGGCAGAGGAAAUUUUGAGCACGUUUUCGUACGGACAGUCGUUUCUUGACAUCAACGAGGAAGUGCUCGCAAAGUAUGCGGCGUGCAAGGAUGAAGAGGAAGUCAAGCAGUGCGAAGAGUCGUGGCUGGCGCAGAUCGAGAAUGAAUGGAAAGAGGAUCGAGAAGCAAGAGAGGAUAACAAGGACGAUGCUUGGGCGGGUGGAAAUCUGAAUCGGAGAGGACCGAGACCAGUCCAGGGCAAUGGCCUUGACAGUGAAGAAGGACGUGAUGAUGAGGAAGACGAUGAUAGCGAUACGAGCAGUUUAGGUGGCAUACAACUCGGCGGACCCAAGCCUGGCGAGACAGUCCAGGUGCAUGGCAACACCGAAGAUGACGAAGGCGAUGACGAAGAACGAGAUCCAUAUGCCCUUCCACCCAACGACGACGACGAAGAAGAAAUGGCAGAAUUAAGACGAAGAGUCCUCGCAUCAAAACCUUUCAGCAACCCGUCCAAGGCAGAAGACAAUUCACGACAGGCACCAGAGCGAAUCCAGCGCCCUUCGCAGACGAAGAAAAUCGAGUUGCCCGUAGACUCCGAUGCGGAAUCUGGCUCGGAUGUCGGCAACGAGGAAGAUGAUGAGUUUGAUAAUAUCAUCAACGCUGCUCCACUCACCGAUAGGGCGGGCAUUCAAGCGGCUCAGAGGAAGAGGGCGAUGGAGAAGGAAGGAAAGCUCAGUGCGACUUUUAGUAGAGCUGUUGUUGAUGCUAGUGGGAAGAGUCUUGGGAAGCAUUGAGUGAGAAAAAUGAUUUCGCGCCAGUGCCUCUGCCUAGUUGAUCGUCUUUCAGGAAGCGGGAUGUAAAAGUUCACGACGGCUCUGAGACAAGCGCUACUGUGCAAGCAGGCCGGCAACGCACUCGAUAGAUUAGGAUACUUGAUUUCUGCAAGAAUCGGGAAUGCAGAGACUUCGGCAUCGACAGCACCGAACGACGAAUAACACAACAUAUCGCUCAACUUGCCGUCAAGACGUCGCAGAGAAAUGCGCUGCGCUCGCGAGAGUCGUGUUCUUGCG